GUUGCAGCUGGAGCCGCUGGCCGCAGCCCAGCGCCCUUCGUUCAGACAGCGAGGCGAAACACGCGCAUGAAUAACACCCCGUCGGGUGGAAAGUUCCAGCCGCCGGUAGGGCGCAGGAGCUCGGCACCCGCCGGACGCGCCUGACCCGUGCCAGGGCUGGGAGCGGGGAUGCGCCCGGAGGGGGAGCCUGACGGGAGCCCGCCGUGCCUUCCCGCGCUCCCCGGCAGGAGGGCCCCGGCUGCAUCGUUUCACCCUGGGCUUUGUGCAUGCACCAGCGCUCCUGAUGUGCCCCCGGCGCGCCCGCAAGGAAGCGACUGAGCCAUUAAAUCGCAGGUAUACGGUGUUCCCAAAUGACCGUGUACAGUAAAAACCAAAUCUGCAGAGCAGAGUUGUUUCCCUUUUUCUUCCCCCCCCUCCGUUACUGCACUUGUCCAGCCCUCGGUCAUCUCCCUACCUUUUCUAGAAGCAGAUUUCUGCUCUCUCCUUCAAGUUCAGGGAACAGAUUAUUUUCACCCCUUUGUUUCCCUUUUUGGCAUUUUGGUUUUUUAAUUUUAUUUUCCUUUUAGUUAUGUCCCAGCCAGGAUCAGGGCAGUGCACAGAAGGGACAUUUGUUUGUUUUAUUGAAAACCGGGCAGGAAAUUUUGUUCUUCUGAGUCACUGCGGCUCCUUCAGGGAAACGUCAGCGUCCCUUAUCGCCGCUCAGCCGGUGCGGCGGGACCGUGAGCGGACGCGGGUUGCGGGGCGGUGGGGGGGACACCCACAAUUUCGGAAGAGGUGGUCGUCCUAAAGAUAGAGCCAGAUUUCAACUUUAUAUAACCGUAAAAUAAGUAGGGCCGGAUUAAAAAAUAAAAGGAAAGAGGGAGAGAGAGGGAGAGAGAGCCGGGGUUCGGGAGUUUGCUGUCAAGGAAAAAAAAAAGGGAUUUGAUGCGUUUGCCUGUGGAUGCCAGGCAUCCUGAGGCAAGGUGCUAUGGCGGGUACUGGGGGGGGGGGCUCCCCUGAGGGCUGCGCCCAAGGUAGGGCGGUGGUAAAGGCAGCGACGAUUGCCUUCCCCUCCCACCCUCGACGUCCUCCGAGGCGACCAGUGGCCGCCCCCCAAAGGACGUCGAGGGGGGGCGAUCGUCGGCGCCCCGCCCCGGUCCCGCCCAUCACCGCCGCCACUUAAACGCCGUCGGGUGCUCCGCCAAGUCAGUGCGGUGCUGGGAGCUGGUGGUGCGCUUACUGUUUAUCCCCCUCUCGCUUCAAAAUGACCGUGAAAGCAGCUGAGGCGUCUGGUUCUACCUUGACCUACUCGAAGAUGAGGGGGAUGGUGGCCAUCCUCAUCGCUUUUAUGAAGCAGAGAAGAAUGGGACUAAACGACUUCAUUCAGAAGAUAGCCACCAACUCCUAUGCAUGCAAGCACCCUGAAGUUCAGUCUAUCUUGAAAAUCUCUCAGCCUCAAGAGCCUGAACUUAUGAAUGCUAAUCCUUCUCCUCCGCCCAGUCCUUCACAGCAGAUCAAUCUUGGCCCAUCAUCCAACCCACAUGCCAAACCAUCAGACUUCCAUUUCUUAAAAGUGAUUGGAAAAGGCAGUUUUGGGAAGGUCCUCCUUGCACGGCAUAAGGCAGAAGAGCAGUUCUAUGCUGUUAAAGUCCUGCAGAAAAAAGCAAUCCUGAAGAAGAAAGAGGAGAAGCACAUUAUGUCAGAACGCAAUGUCUUGCUGAAAAAUGUGAAACACCCCUUCCUGGUCGGGCUUCACUUUUCCUUCCAAACUGCAGAUAAAUUGUAUUUUGUCCUGGACUACAUCAAUGGUGGAGAGUUGUUCUACCAUCUCCAGAGGGAGCGUUGCUUCCUGGAGCCGAGAGCCCGAUUUUAUGCUGCUGAAAUUGCCAGUGCACUGGGCUAUCUGCACUCCCUGAACAUCGUUUAUCGGGACUUGAAGCCAGAGAACAUCCUGCUUGAUUCACAGGGGCACAUUGUCUUGACUGACUUUGGACUCUGCAAAGAAAACAUAGAGCACAAUGGCACGACCUCCACCUUCUGCGGCACACCAGAGUAUCUUGCUCCUGAAGUUCUCCAUAAGCAGCCCUAUGACCGGACUGUGGACUGGUGGUGCCUUGGAGCAGUCCUGUAUGAGAUGCUUUAUGGCUUGCCACCCUUCUACAGCAGGAACACCGCAGAAAUGUACGACAAUAUCUUGAACAAACCCUUGCAGCUGAAGCCUAAUAUUACCAACUCGGCUAGACAUCUCCUGGAAGGCCUCUUGCAGAAGGACAGGACAAAGAGACUUGGUGCCAAGGAGGACUUUAUGGAGAUUAAGAAUCACAUCUUCUUCUCCCCAAUUAACUGGGAUGAUCUCAUUAAUAAGAAGAUUACACCCCCUUUUAACCCAAAUGUGAGCGGCCCCAGUGACCUGCGACACUUUGAUCCGGAGUUUACAGAUGAGCCAGUCCCCAACUCCAUUGGCCAGUCCCCAGACAGCAUCCUCAUCACCGCCAGCGUCAAAGAAGCCGCUGAGGCUUUUUUGGGCUUCUCUUAUGCCCCACCUGUGGACUCUUUCUUGUGAACGUUUUUCUUUAAUUCUUUUUUUAAUAAUAAUAACUACCAUUAUUUUUAUUUUUUGUUUGGCCUUCUGGUGGAACUGCCAGUUGACCAGUCACCUUGAAAGAGAAUUUGCACAUUUCCACCAUGGCAGCUUUGCAGCCUUAAUUUCAACAACACUGUUUGCUGGAAGAUUUUCUGAAGAGCACAUCACUCUCUAAAUGAGCUUUACAGGCUUUUCAUUUCCAUUUGUUCUUCCCCCAAAGUGGUGCUGUCUCCUUGGGAAAGAAAAAACAGAGUGACUGCUGCCAUAGACUGCUACGGCAGAUCGUAGGAGUAAGAACAAGCUGUUUUGUAAUCGUGCUCGAAAAGCCUUGCCUGAAGAUCUAUCUGAACGUGAUAAGGAUUUUAUGAAAUGUGCCUUUUUUUCUGAUGAGAUCUUGUGAGCUCCAAAGCUUUCCCUGUUGCAGAGUGUGUUUCUCAGUUCAUUUAUGUGGGUUUACUAUGUGAACAAAUGGUAUGCGUGUGGUCUGCGUACUACAGAUGGACUUAGUUUAAAGCAUCAGUGUGACACUUGCAGGAUACCACAAUGUGGGGCAUUGUUUGUUUCUUCCAUAUUUGGAAGAUAAAUUAAGUGUAAUUUUGAAAUUUCUUUUGUAAAUCUAUACUGUCAACUAAAAUUAUUGAAAUGAGCUCACAAUUACUUGUAUCCAAAUGCUUGAAGAAAGCAUUGCUGCUAUGAAAAAAAGAUUUCUAUUUUUAGAAAGGGUUUUUAUGGACCAAAAUGCCCCAGCUGCAGUCGGUCAAAGCUGUUGGUUUCUUUUUUUUUUUUUCUUUUUUUUUUUUUCUUUUUUUUUUUUUCUCUCUUUUAGUUUAAAAUAUAUCAUCUGUAAAAUGGGCAUUAUUUAUGGUCUUGGGGUUUGAGGGAUUUUCAUUCCUGAUUGUAUGUAUUGUAAAAAAGAUCUGUACAUUCAGUUGUAACUCUAGAUGUAUAUUUAAACUUACAGACUUACUUGUAAUGUAUACCAUCAUUGUAAUGUAAUAUAAUUAACCUGGUUAUAUGUAUCAUAUUUUUUUGUGACCAGACCCAUUGGUUUGCAGUAAAAUCCUGAAAAAUA